UCGUAACGAGGAAAGCAAAGGCCCAUUAACGGUGAAGACACCAAAUAACCGAUCAUUCAUAAACCCUAGUUUCUUCUUCCUCUGAGUUCAGCCGCUACGACGCGAACAGAGACACAGAGAGCGAGCGAGAUCCAACUCCGGAUUUCAAAAUGAAGUUCAACAUCGCGAAUCCAACCACUGGGUGCCAGAAGAAGCUCGAAAUCGAUGACGACCUCAAGCUUCGCGCUUUCUGGGACAAGAGGAUCUCGCAAGAGGUUCUCGGUGAUGCUUUGGGCGAGGAGUUCAAGGGCUAUGUCUUCAAAAUCACUGGAGGGUGCGACAAGCAAGGUUUUCCAAUGAAGCAGGGUGUGUUGACCCCUGGCCGUGUUCGCCUCUUGCUCCACCGAGGAACUCCUUGCUUCCGUGGAUAUGGAAGGCGUAAUGGAGAGCGCAGGAGAAAGUCUGUACGUGGAUGCAUUGUCAGCCCUGACCUCUCUGUUCUGAACUUGGUGAUUGUGAAGAAGGGUGACAAUGAUUUACCUGGCUUGACUGAUGUUGAGAAGCCAAGGAUGAGGGGUCCCAAGAGGGCUUCUAAAAUCCGCAAGCUGUUCAAUCUGUCUAAGGAUGAUGAUGUGAGGAAGUAUGUCAACACAUACCGUAGAACAUUCACAACCAAAGCUGGGAAAAAGGUGAGCAAAGCUCCUAAGAUUCAGCGAUUGGUCACUCCUCUGACACUUCAAAGGAAGAGGGCAAGAAUUGCAGAUAAGAAGAAGAGAAUUGCCAAAGCAAAAUCAGAGGCAGCAGAAUACCAGAAACUACUUGCCUCCAGGUUGAAGGAGCAGAGGGAACGCCGUAGCGAGAGUUUGGCUAAGAGAAGAUCUAAGCUUUCCAGUGCUGCUAAGCCAGCUGCUACAGCAUAGACUGCAUUUAGAUCGAUGAAGUUUCAAACUUGGCACUAGUUUUUUGACAAUUUCAUUUUAAUGAGUCCUAUGUUUUGAUAUUUUACAAUUCAACUGCACUUUUCAGUAUUUUUGAAUGUUUGACUGUUUAGAUCA